UUCAGUGCAUAGCAACCAUUUCCAUGUGAGUCAUUAAGACAAAAUUAAACAUCCGAGAAAACUAUUUUAGUCGUACCAAAUGGCAGCUCUAGAUUACAAGCCCGGGGAUAUUCCCCUGGAGGAGCAGGAUGAUCGCAGACUAUUUUGCAAAUACCAUUACAAAGGAGCUCUACUUCUGUUCAUACCCAUUUUGUUGGCACCCAUUUUAAUUGGAACUCCUGUACUGAUUUGCCGCUUUAUCUAUCUAACACUAUGUCUCUACCUGAUAUAUAUACUAAAUUUAAUGGCCAGAGGAGCUGCCGCCUUCAUCUAUAUGGUUUUCAUACCCAUAGCAGGCAUUGCGAGCUCUAAGGAGAUCAGUGUAUCGUACUACACUGAUCUUAUAUUUUUCGUUUAUUCCGGCAUAUUCAUGGGCAUCAUGAUGGACAGUUCCAAAUUGAGUGAACGCUUGGCCUACAUUGUCAUCUCCUUGGUCGGAGGAAGUCUGAAAUUUCUACAGAUUUUCCUGACCAUCGCCGCGGCCAUUGUGUCAAUUUUGGUGAAUCCCACAAUAUCCGCUGCCUUUUGGAUGAAGAUUUCCCAGGCCGUGAUGGUGGAAUACGAUACUGCUGGCUUGAUAAAAUUAAACUCCGAAGAAAAGCCCUACGAAGUUGGAGCCAAACCAUAUCCCACGCGUCCUGUAAUCGGAAUUUACCUAACCUGUUGCUACGCAGCCUCCUUGGCAGCAAGUCUUUCGCCCAUCGUCAAUCCCAAUGGUGUGAUAAGCGAUGGUUUUGGGGGGUCCCUUAAAGUUCUGGAAAUUGCGAUGCUAAUGGCGGGACCAGCUCUAUUGGGUCUCGUAGUCAUGAUCUUCUGGUUGCAAGUCCUCUUCCUCGGACUCCUCGGUGGCAGUGUGAAGCGCGAUCUGGCGGAAAUGGCUGGGGCCAAGGCGGGCUUCAAACAGGCCGCGGCUGAAAGAAAACAGGCUCUUGGUCCCUGGGGAAUAUAUCCCAUCUUGGCCCUGAGCUUGAUUCUAUUGAUGUUCGUGCUGGUGGCCACUCGCAAGCCGCGCAUCUUUACGGGCUGGGAUAGUAUAAACCAUAAGGCGGAAUCUGGUCUCUCUGUGGCCGGCAUUGGCAUGUCCAUUCUCUUCUUUGCGAUUCCGGCCAACUAUAUAUUCUGCAGGUACUAUGUGUGCCGCCAGCCGGAGAAGGAGGGUCCUGCCAAUUCACUUCUGAGCUGGAAGGCUGUUAACAACAAUACUCCCUGGGCGGAAAUCUUCAUGCUGGGCGCCGCCUUUAGCUUCAGCUAUAGUUCCUCUGCUUGUGGAUUGAACACCUACUUGGCGGAUUCGAUGUCCUCUGAUACCAAGGCAUUCAAUAUGAAAAACUUCAUCUGCGGCGCCUUGCUUGGAACACUUUGGACCACGCUGUCGCCGGCCACCACUGUGGCCAAGUUGGCACUGCCCACCAUGGUAACAGCGGGAAAUUCCUUUUCGCUGCCAUUUGCCACCGCGUUGCACAAUCAGUUUUUGCUGCCCGUGAGCAGCCCGGCCAACACAAUUAUCGCCGGCUGGGGCAAUGUUAGACCUUUCCAAUUUUUGCUGGGCGGAAGUAUCCUGGCGCUUUUCAUGUUCUGCACAAUCGCUGGAUUCACCAUCUUGUUCCGCACCACGGUGCUUUGAAUUCAACUAAUUUCAACUUCAUUUCAGUUCAGCCAUCCAAAUUUCCGUUUCGAUUUCUCUCAACCGCAUUUGAUAAAAUUACCAAGUAAACACCACUGCAAUGCGGUGUGUAGAGCAAUCUUGUUGACACGUUUAGCAUACAAAAUCGGAGGUGGAACUGGAUUUGGGAUGGCUCGGCAACAGCUGCUCCACGGACAUUCAGCUCCACGGUCAGGUGAUGAUAAAACAAAAUGCUGCUGCUGUGGCCGUAACUUUCAGAAAAAUAAGGACGAAAGAAAGGAUCAAACAGCAAGCAAAGCAACAAAGAAGAACUGCAUAAAGUUUCUGACCCUGAAUUUUUGAAAUUCAUUUCAAAUUGUGCUGUAAAUGUUUCAAAACGUAGCCAUCGCCAAUUAAAGCAACUUAAAUUUUGA